CACCUCUUACUCUUCCAUCGAAUCCUCGCGCUACGCGUUUCUUUGCCUAAACUCAGCCCACUCACUAUCUUCGCCACUAGCUGCAACAACCAGACAAUAUCUCAAGAUUGGUGAUUCCAACCUUUCUCAUCGACAUUGCAGUGUGUAUGCGCUGCUGGACUCGUCCAUGUUACCUUGACUAUUGCACUUGGCGGGCUUUCUCAACAACCGCCCUGGAGACGACCUGCGUCUUUCGCAAAAGGUCUUCUGCCGUGUUUCUGACCUGUACAUUUAAUCAAAACCGUUGUUAGUAGUAGGACUUUAACAUCAUGGACACGAGGGACAGUGGAGACGAGGCCAUGUCUCCUACAGCAGUCACCCAGUCUCAUGCAGACUUAACGCGCAGCGAACAUGCCACGAUAGAGGGCUCUCCAGAUCACAUGGUUGGCGCAGAAGAUAUGGCGCUUUCUAAAGGAACCAGCAAGGCAUCGUCAACCAGAAACUCGACCCCUGCAGCAACUUCCUCAAACAUCGGUCAACCUGUGCAGAAUGCGCAAGAUUCGCCCUCCACCACGGAUUUGAUUCAGCCAACGCAUGAAAUUGCUCAGAAUGCGUCAAACUCCGAACAUCCUUCUGGUAAAGAGGAUGAGAUUAUUGCCGCGCCAUAUGGCACACGGUCGCGCAACCGACCGGGCAGAUCACGGCCGAAUUAUGCUGAAGAUGCGGAGAUGGAUUUCGAAAUGUCGGCGGCGCCCACGAAUGGAAACACGUCUGAUCUGCCGUCGCGUAAUUCUGCAGCCACCGAAAAUGGACACUCCUCUGGUGCGAGUGGAAAGAAAGGUACAGGCGUCGGUCAGGGCAAUGCAUCGUGGGGUAUCUCCGGAUCCAGCCCGAAGGACGACCCAGCAACCAUCAGUACUCCCAGCACAUCAGCAAUCAGUGCAGCAGCACCUCCGGCGAAAACAGUCCAGCCACCAACCAAACGACGAAAAAACGCUGCGACUCAAGCCACAAAUGGGGGUCACGCUAAAGCCGCCGCGCCAAGCCAGACAGGACCGAAGCGUGGCAAUGGGAAUCAUGCCACACUAGCUGUCCCCAGCGCACGCGAGUCCAACAUGCUCACUUUCGAAAACAGUGGCGCGUUUUUGCAUGACGGCCGCUUGGUCGCAGACGAUGGCCAAACCGUGUCUGUCAAUGACCAUGUGUACCUUGUGUGCGAGCCGCCCGGGGAGCCCUACUACCUGUGCAGGGUCAUGGAUUUUAUCCACGUCGACAACGAUCCGCAGCAACGCGUAGAGUCAAUGAGAGUUAAUUGGUUCUAUCGACCACGAGACGUGCAGCGCUACAACAAUGACAGUCGUCUCGUCUACGCAACGAUGCACUCGGAUCUGUGUCCCAUCGCGUCAUUGCGAGGGAAAUGCCAAAUUCUGCACAGAAGUGAAAUCGGCAAUCUGGACGAAUACCGUAAAACGAAAGACAGUUUUUGGUUCAACCAGGUUUUCGAUCGUUUCAUCCACCGGUGGUACGAUGUCAUCCCCACCUCGCAAGUUAUCAACGUACCCGACAAAGUCAAGAAAGCUCUGGACGAGCGAUGGAAAUACAUCUGUCUCGAAACAAGUCGAGUGAAAGAGUUGACUAGCGCGGUGAAGAGCUGCAAACGUUGCGUUGGGUAUUGUGCUUCGAAUGACUCGGUUGAAUGUGCCGUCUGCCACAAUACGUAUCACAUGAAUUGUGUGCGACCACCAUUGUUGAAGAAGCCAUCACGCGGGUUUGCCUGGGCUUGCGGGCCAUGUAGCAGGGCACAGGAGAAGAAGUUGGAGGCGCGACGAACUCCGCUUGUGGGUGUAAACGAGGAAGGGGACGAGGAAGAGAUGCUUGAUGAGGAAGAGGAGGAGGUCAGUGGUGACACCAAUGCCACGACACCCGAUCCUGAGACUCAGGUCGAUCUUCACCCCGGGACCCAGGCUGAGAUAGCUCUGGCAAAGAUGUGGCCGAUGAGAUACUUGGGCAUUCACUGUCGAGUGGAAGACGCGUUACAAUACGAUGACAGGGCCAUAUAUCCGCGGGCCAGUUCUCGACUCGGGCCGCGACAUCAAGCAAACGUCAACGUCUGGCACGACCAUCCCGUGCAAUAUGUCAAAUCUGCAGAGAUCAAGAAACGCUAUGUCAAGUCGGCCGGAAACAAGAAAGAGAGUAAGUUGACCAAGGAGACUGUUGCUGCGAUCGAAGCAGACAAGGCAGAAAAGGCCAAACGUCCCAAAUGGCUCAUGGACGAACCGCCGGGUUUUGUUCGCCGCGGUGAAGACUUGCCCAACAAAGACUCCAAGUGCACAGCGGAGCUCAUGUUCAAGAUGCCGCCCUUAGGUGUACACUCAACCCGUGGCGGUGACGACAGUCCACCCGUCACUGAAGAGGACGUCAAGGCUUACAUGGAACGUGCUAAAGCUCUUGCGAAACAGCACGUUGGCGUGGAGCCGUACAACACUGAUUUUCUCGAUAAAUGCCUGGCUCUUUUCGCGAAGCAUCAGUAUGAUGCCACUGCGGCAUUGAAACAGGUCAAGAAACUCGACAAGCGAAAGGACCUGAAAGAGCCAUUGCUUACCAAAGAAGAGGAGAAAAAGUGGAAUGAGGGAGUUGCGAAAUAUGGCUCGGAAAUCAGAAGUGUGCGCCUUCAUACCAGCAAGACCAUGCUCUACGGAGAUGCCGUUCGAUACUACUACAUGUGGAAAAAGACGCCCAAAGGCAAGGAAAUCUGGGGCUCAUACAGCAACCGCAAGGGUCGGAGUAAGAAGGUUGAACCUGACGCUCAAUCCCGACUUCUAGACGAUGUCGCCGACAAUCAGGACGACUCAGCUUUCGAUAAUGACAAGGCCAUCCAGCGCAAGCGCAGCUUUCAGUGCAAGUUUUGCAAUGUCCGAACUUCUCGACAGUGGAGACGUGCUCCUGGUGUUGCGCCUGGUCAAAUGUUGCCCGCAGAUGGUCGAUCGAAAGACAAAUCUGGCUUUGUCGUUGCCCUUUGUCUACGAUGCGCAAGUCUAUGGCGCAAAUACGCUGUGAAAUGGGAAAACGUCGACGAGAUUGCUAAGAAGGUCGCUCAAGGCGGGGGCAAGGCUUGGAAGAGGAGGAUCGACGAAGAGCUUCUACGUGAAGUGUAUGCCGCACAAAGUGAUCCCAAUGCGACAAAUGGUGUACUGGACCACACAGAGUUGCUUGAUGCCACUGCGCAAGCUGCUACUGAGCCUGUGAAAAAGAAGCAGAAGACGGCUGCCAUCGCGAAUGGAGACAGCGAGACAUCCACCCCUGAACCUGCAUCCAAAAAGAAGGAGAAGGAGAAGCCUGUCCCAGUCCCCAAAGCGCCAACGCCUCCACCUGUCCCAGCUCAGCCGAAACUCAAGAAACUGGCGUGUGCUGUUUGUCGAUCGGCAGAAGGGGAACGCCUGGAAUGUGCAGCUUGUCGGAUGACUGUUCACAAAUCUUGCUACGGCGUCGAGGAAACUCGACAGACUAACAAGUGGUACUGUGACACGUGCAAAAAUGACAGGAAGGAGAGCGUGUCAUAUACGUAUGAAUGCGUACUCUGCCCACGCAAGGUCACAGAGCUGGACUUCUUCGAGCAGCCCAAGGUUUCUCAUAAAAAGAAAACCGACAGAGACAGGGAGAAAGAGCGGAUGGAGAAAGAACUCGUCGAUAAGGCCAAAGAAGACUACCGUUCUCGGCAACAAGAGAAAGGCCGGCCUUUGGUUCCGCGAGAGCCUCUCAAGCGUACUGCCGACAAUAACUGGGUUCACGUUUACUGCGCGCUCUGGCAUCCUGAGGUGAAAUUCAGCAAUGCUACUCGUUUCGACAUGGUUGAAGGCAUCGGAGCACGAACACUACGAUAUGACCUAGUUUGCAAGUUGUGUAAGACAGCCAACGGGGCUUGCGUCUCAUGCUUGCAGUGCCAUGCCAACUUUCACGUUGGCUGUGCGCAUGGUAGUGGCUACACUUUUGGAUUCGAUAUCACUCCGGUCAAAUCCACUCGAAGAGACGUUGUGACUACUGUUAGCUUGAAUGGAGAUACUGGCUCCAUGAUCGCUGGGAUCUGGUGUAAGGAGCACACGCCACCAAAAUUGGGGUUCCAUUCGAUAGACGAGGAGGUCAAGGAUACAGAUAUGGCCGCCUUGCAGCUAUUCGCGCGGGAGUGUAAGCAGGCAGAUCUUACACUUACGGGUACAGCACGCAAAGCCAACUUGGUCGAUCAAUCGACACGGGUCGCUCCACAGGUCGUGCCAACACAGACGAGCCGUCGAGCAUCCGCUAUCGCCACACAAACACCUACGUCUGUGAGGGGCCGGCCAUCAAAUGCCGGCUUGUUAGUAGAGGAAGCCCCGAGCGAGCCUACAUUGCCUAAGGUCGAGCGUGAAUGCGUCCGGUGCAGUAUUGAUGUCAGCCCUCGCUGGUGGAAAGUACAGCAUGCUCCUCAUGUUGAACAUGCUCUGUCGGCUCCCAAUGGCACAGAGACGAACGGACAUCCCGCUCCCGAUCAGAAACCGCUUCUCGAAAACGGUCAGAUUGUCAAUGGAUCUGUGGAUGUUGCGAUGGCUGACGCGCCGCCUGCCACAUUGCACAACCAACUACGGAUAGAUACAGAUGUGGCAGAUGCUGACUCUGCCGAUUAUCUGUGUCAAAAGUGCCAUUGGAGGAAGCUCAAUGGCGCCGAUGAGGAAGAAGAGCGCGAGAGGUCAGCUUCUGUCGUCCCUGAGCCACAGCUAUUGCCUCUUCGAUCCCCUCCGAUACAGUCUUACGCAGCACCAUCACUUUCUCAAUCUGUACUGCCCUCCUGGGGAACCCAAGGCGGUCUUCCUCCUCUGCCUCCAAAUCAACCUCCACCGUUACCAGCCUGGCAUAGUGUUGGACCUCCUCCAGGACCUCCUCACCCUCCACCACAUCAUCCUCACAAUGGUAUUGCACAUGCACCGCUACAUGGCCCCCCUGUGAGCCAUCAUCCAUCGUUCCAUUCUCCAUAUCACCCAUCAAAUGGAUAUCCAGCAUACUCGGGCCCAUCAGUGCACCCACAAAUGCCACUAGCUCCUCUUCGUGGUUCCUACCCGCCAUCUUCGGUUAGCGGCCCUCCACCGCUCCAUCUCAACAACGGAUCAAUCAUGAUCAACGGCAUGCAUUCGCCACGAGAUAUACCAUAUUCACCUACGCAUCCCUACGGGCGCUCAAGCGAGAGCCCCUUCACUGCUCCUCCACCAGCCGUCCCGCAGUAUGCGCCCCUCCAUCAUGGCAGCCCUGCACCCGGUCGGCCAGAAACUCCCAGGGACACACUGAUGAGAGACGCUCCGCCAGUUACUUCAGCGCCAACAGAGCGAAUAAGCACGGGAGCCAGUGCCAGUCCCUCGCUUCGCAACUUGCUACACUAGAGUUCCUUUUCUUCUUUUCCAUUUGUACUUUUUGCAACGGCUUAUCUUUGGGGCAUAUUGGAUCGGAAUCAGCAAUGCCGUGGGGCGGGGUGAGCCAUGUUGAAGAAGGGGUUGCCGUGGUGCAGAGACAACGUUACAGACGCGUUUCUGGGGAUUCAACAUGUCGCAGGUCACCUGGCGUGCUAUUGGGUAUGCGAAUGGGGAGUUUGGUGGCAUGAUACCACAGUUUUUCUUUUCUUCUUCCUCACUACGGCGAAUUUUGGCCGAUACGAACCACUCUCGUGUACGGCGUGUUGGAGAGCGGGCAGGGGUCCACGAAUCUUGGUGGUUGGUGGUUGAUUAUCUGCAAGUAGGAAUAAUCAUACGUCCUAUUUCA